CCUUCUUAUGACGUGAGGAAACCAGACAUUCUAAACAACUGAACGUGGUGUGGAAAUGCAAGAGAAGAGACUAUCUGUCACAUUGGAAAUCUAACAACCCAAGACUGAAUUCGAAACGGACUUCCCUCCCUAUCUAUCUGUGAAAAUAAAAUGUCUGUUGUAUCACCGUCUGUGAAUGAAAGACCAGCUGUGAAGUAUAGUGAUUUUGAAGACUUGGAAAGAAGGCAUAGUAGGGCACAACAGCAGAGGAACCGGACUCAAGAACAAGAACAGAUUACGGAACAUCAGAGGAAUCACAGCAUUGAGCACAGAACAGCACCGCCUCCAGUAGACGACUGUGAAAAGCUGGGGACUCUUUUUGGAGAGCUCAACAAGUACCUGAGAAACCUUGGCUUUACACAGGUGUACUUUGCAGAGAAGACUGUUGAGCCUGUGGUGAUCAUCUUCUUCUGGGUGCUGUUGUGGUUCCUGGGCAUACAUGCCCUGGCCCUGGUGGCUGUUGUGUGCCUUGUCAUCAUUUUCAUUCAAAAAUAAUAACUGACCAUAAAAUCAGGACUGUUCUUUUAUCUGUACGAUGCAUUUGUACUGGUGAUUGUUUUAUAUGUGUGGGUGGAGACCAGGGGGUAAUACCGCAGAAUUAUAGUUCUAAUGUUUGGGGUAUGUAUUUAUAUCCUAUAUAAACAUGAAGGUAUAAAACCAGGGUUUGCUGCUUCUUUCCUUGCAUGUAACCUUUUCCACAUGUAAUUUUAACAAACUCUUGCGGCAUGUUUGUACUGAACUGCUGUAUAGUGUUUGCUAGCUGCCUCUCCCUUGUUAGUUGCUACUUUGUGUGAAUGCUGAAAAUGUAGGCUACAUCUGUGAUAUACUCUACUGCAUGUGAUUCAGGGAUGAUUUAGACCCUGCAGUGUGUCAAUAAUUUGCAGAAUUGGGUUCCACUCAAAAUUUUAAUUCAUAUGUUCUGUUUAACACUUUCAACAUUGCAGACCUGUAAAGCGGUCUAGGAAAAAUAACUCAAAAUGUACCUCUUGGGCAUACCCAAAUCUGUUUUUCUUCUAAGAUACAAAAAUUGGAUCUCUUUUAUAGCAUUUUACAGCACCCUGGUUUGCCUGAAGUACCUAUCUAUGGUUAUUACCCAUAAAAAUAAGUGGUAGAUGCAAUCCAGGUGGAGUUCCUGGUAAUGGUACUAUAAAAAAAUCUAUCUGUUACUUAUCCCGGCAGAUCAAAGUCACAGUUUUGAAAUGAGUAAAUAAAUUACCAUUUCAUGGUAUAAAAAGCAAACAGUGUAGAUUACAGGUUACAUCAUGUGGACUCAUGUGCCACCAGAAAGACCGGUAUGAGAUUUAGGGUGGGGGGAAUUAAUUAUACUUCACUUCUACAGCUCUGUAACUAAAUACCUCAGCAUUGUGCACUUACUAGUUUAAGUGUAAAAAAAAAAAAAUAAUCCUUUGGGUGUGGAAUUUAUUUUUUAUUAAUUUUUUUAGCAUGUGACUGCUUCACCCUGUUUUAUUGGAUCUGGUUAAAAAAACUCUGAUCUUUGAUCCCUAAUAAAGACUUGUAGCAUAUGACUUAAUGCUGAUUGGUUCUUGCCAAGUAAUAAAUAGUACUAUAGUGUGCCAAAUACACAUAUAUGAUUUUUGGAAGGCAAUAGCAGUAAUUUAAGUACAUGAAUUAAACGGAAAUGCGAAUUAACAGGGUAAUGUUAUAGUUCUUGAAAAAAAAAUAUAGUAUUGGAUUUUAUGAGUCAUGGAGUAAUGAAACCCUAAAUAUGUUUAAUGCAUAUGCUGUACAUAUGAUAAAUUAUUAAAGCUGCAAGAUGUUUAUAGUGGAUGAAAAAUCAACAGUGUUUUUAAGAAUAU